CGUACGUGCGGGUGUUCUGUGUCGAGCGAGCGAGAGAGAGCCAGAGCCAGAGCGAGAGAGCCAACCGUCAGCUGAUCCGAGCCGAGUUCCAAGUUACCGUUUUACCGACGCGCAAAUACAAUUCCCAACCGCCUGUUCAGGAUACCGAGUGAUCUUUGCAUGUGCCAACACUGAAACACAAGCGAAAGUGAGGUUAUGAGUGCCCCCUAGUGCCAAAUUAGUCUAAACAAAACCAAAACAAAUCACAAACGAGCUGCAGAUGGAAAGCAACGCAUUUGGCAGCAGCCAUUUGCCAUCUCAAGCGCUCGUUGUCCUCUCGGAAGCCGCUUCCGGUUUGCAUGAGGCUCUACGUGGACAACGUCCGUUUCCAUCGAGAUUACCUGACGCCAAAGAUCUCCACAACAUGUCACUAGUCGGCAACUACUUCAACCCGCACCUGCUGCUCAACCACGGGAUGCUGGUGGCGAACGGAGCGGCGGCGGCGGCCGCGGCGGCGGGAGCGGGACCGGCGAGCUACUUCGCCAGCGACCGCUCGCCGCUGGGAAAGCCGUCGGUCCUGUCCAACUUCUCGCUGCCGUCGGCCUUCUCGCCGCCCAAGUACAUCGGCAUAUCUCUGGACCAGAAUCUGUUCAACGGCAGCGAAUCAUUUCGCACGGAUUCGGCCAGUCCCACUUGCACAUCCCACGAAUCCAUGGAGGGAUCACAGGAUUACGACGCCGUUGAAAAGGGUGAAAGUCCGCGCAGCAAUAAUUCUCAGGAUCCCAGGGAUUUGAGACAUCUGCAUAAUGCGGGGAAGAGCCACCAGGCUCUGGCCACCUCCUCGUCGGCGUCCAGCUCCUCGUCCUCCUGCUCCACCAGCAACCCGGCCAUCAGCACGGCGACCAGCAGCGUGGCCGUUUCAAUGGCCAGCCACUUGGCCGCCUCCUCGCCCCACCACCACCCCCACACGCACGCCCACUCGCACCCGCAUCCCCUGGCCCAUCCGCACGCCCAUAGCCACCACCACGGGCACCACGUGGGAGCUCCUCCGGUGUCCACGGCGGUGACGACCCACCACCACAUGGCCCAUCCGCAUCCGCUGUCCCACCACCACGCCGCCCACCACGGCCUGGCCAGCUUGAGCAUGGCGGGUCUGCGAGCGGUUCCAGGGGGUUUGAGCCUGGUUAGUGGGUUGCAGGCGGCAGCUGCCGGAGGAGCCAUCCCCGAAAUGUGUCCCGUUUGCGGACUGAAGCUGAGCGCCGAGGAGUGGCACACGCACUUCCUUACCGAGCUGGACAGGCUCUACAAACUGAGUGCGGGAUUCGAGCGGGCCAAUCUGCAGGCCACCUACAUGUUCGCUCCUCCGUGUCCGGCCCAGGAGAACGCCAUUCGCACCAGUCACAAUCGCUGGGAGACCUUCCAGAGAAUAAGGAACAAUCGUCAGAACCGCCUGAGGCUAAAAGUUCGAAAGCGCAAGUACGGCGAGAUGUACAUGAUGGAAAGUCUUUACUGCAGCAGUUGUCCGAUCUGUAAGAGGAAGUACGCCAUGGAGACGGGGAAGAUUCCCCCAGAGGACGAUGCCAAGUCGCAAGAGGAGAUCGAAACGGUGGAUGUGGAGAGUUGCAACGACGAUGUGCCCGACUCGGGGUCAGAGCUAACUGCCCCGGGUCCUGGAUCAUCUGCCACCGCUAUGCCGCCCUCCAGCAUGCACAACAGCAACGCGCAACCGGGCAAGCUGGACGGGAUCCUCUACCGCACGGGCUGCGUGAUCAACCAGAAGGAUCCGCAUCCCGACGAGCAGGAUGUGAGCACCAAUGUGACCACCGCCAGCAGCAGCAGUUGGUCGGGCGAGGUCAACGCCCCACCCCAGGCACAUAUCAGUGUGAAAACCGUCAGUGAGCUGUCAUCUACCACACAUCACUACUACAACGCCGAUUCCUGCGGAGUGGGCGUCAACGACAACAACAGCAGCAGUAGCACCAACAACAACAGCGGGGGCAACAACAAGGAUCUGAUGAUGGACACGGCCUCGUGCCAAAAUGAUAGCGAUGAGGACGUAAUUGUAGACGACGACGAUACCGUGAAGAUGUCGAGCAAAAUCAAUUAUAACAAAAUUCAACGCCGACAGGAGGAGCAGAACGUGGGCAGCAGCAGAUCCCUCGAGAACAUUUCGCCCGCGGAGGAGCGACCCCGCUCGGAGCCGCAGGUGAGCAGUACCGAACCGGGACCCAUGGACAUAUCGCACAACAACAACAACAGCAGCAGCAACAACAACAACAAUCCGGCCUCCAAGUACGCGGAGAACAUGGAGAACAGCCUGUCGCAGCUGUCGUCGAUGGGCGUGCCGGGAUUAACGCAAUUGGACUCAAAGACAGGCAUAAAGGAUCUCAACACGGAUGCGUUCCUGCGCGGUCGUAACUUCUACUUUCACCAGAGCUGUGCCAACGUCAUGAGCAGCUACCGGCUGAACAAGGAGCUCCUGAACCAGGCCCAGAACCAGCAGAGGGCGGCCGGGAACGGGGACUCGGUGGGCGCCACGGCAACGCCCCGCAGCCUCUCCCCCGCCCAGUCGCCGCAGCAGAGUGUGUCACAGGCCAUGGAGUGAAGGGCGGGGUCGGGGGGUCGAGUCGGAAAUUGCAAUCAAAGCGUGAAUUUAUUAAAAUUAAUUAAUAACAUAUUGUAUUUGAGGUAGCUAAUGAAACGCGACGAGCAAAUUGAUGUUUAAUUGGGCGUCCCCAAAGUAGGCAACACCCCAUCGGUUCUGCUAGCCCGCCCACCAAAAAAAAAAAAAGAAUAUGUCCAUCGUUUUUGCCCCUGUAUAAAUUCUACAUGUAAAAUUAAUUUGUUUUCAUUUUAAAUGGAAUUGGUUUUGUGUAAAACAAUAUUUUAGUGCAAUUUUUGUGUUGCCUUCUCAACUGUCGUAUAAUAUUUCAGUAUGUAUUAUGUAUUCGUAGUUUCCCAGAACGUGCUAUAAUUGUUAAAUGUUUGAUUGAUAACGAAACAAACAAUAUACGAUAAAUGAGAAUAAAUUAUCAUCUCUAAGCGAAAACUAGUUGUAAAUUCUUAAGCCCAUAAUUUAUUUAUGAAAAAUCAAAUAAA